AUGGCCAACGGAGACAUGGAUGGAGUAGAUUGGCCGCAGAACUUUCUUUCGAGCGACCAAGCCAAUGCCUACCAGAGCGCCAAUCAGAACCAAGGUGUCUACGAUGCAUAUCAACAUCCUGCUUUCGACGAUGCGGCUCAAGCUACGUAUAUGUACCACCAGUCGCACUCACGGAACCCGGUCUCCUACCUAAAGGCUUCAAACCCUGCAGUUCCGUCGAGGCCAAGCGCGCGACCUACUCCCCCCUCACAACCUAUCAACUCCAACAACAUCAAGUGGCGUUCCUACCAACACAUGAUCGGACAGCAAAAUCAGCGCACAGUACCACUGCAGUCCUCAGACCCCGACAGUCGCCAACCAAAUCCGAGUAAUCAGACUUGGUCUGCUCUUGCCGGACAACCGAGUCAACAACAAUAUCGGCCGACGGCAACACAGGGUUCAGGCUACGAGCGUCCUCAGGCCACUCCGAAUAAUCAGAAUGGACCGAUAUUCAAUCAACAUCCGGAUCAACAACAGCGGUCGACAGCAACACAACAAAGCUCUCAGAAUGCGUGUCAACAGCCGAUUUCAAAUAACCAGAGCCGAUCUGUUUAUAAUCAACAAAAUUCACAUGUUUAUUCACAGCCAUCGAACAACCAGAACUGGCCUCAUGAUGACCAAAAUAGACCCCAGCCACAGUCAGCCAUCUCAGACUUGUCGCUCUCACACCAAGCAACCAACUUUAUUGACUUGACAAGAUCUUCAAUCCCCGGAAAUGCUCCAAGUUCAGUUGCCAAGCUGGCUCCGAUGGUAUCACAGCCAAGCACGACUAGCAAUAAACACGCUUUUUAUCCUUUGCCUGCUCCUGGGUAUCAUCAGCAGACUCGAGGUCCUCAGACUUCAACGCAGGAUGAUAUUCAGGGCCAACCGCCUGCAAAGAUACGGCGCUUAGAUAACGGGACUGCUCAUGUUGAGUCUGACCAACCGGCACCAGUCAAGUUCAAUCAGCCGCCAACCCCGUCCUACCCGCCAACUAACCCGCCGUCAUAUGCACCUUCAAAUUCGCCUGCGCCGAUCCAAAACAAGCCAGUCAAUCCUUCAAUUGAGACGGCUCCCAACGUGCGACCUGCAUAUAAACCUAACCGCAAGGCAAUCAAGAAUCGUGAUGACCUGGUGAGGCCAAUUCGCAUGAGUGAUGCAUUGGUAAAAGUAUCAUAUGACCCUGCUACAAUUGCGCGCGAUAUCCUUAUCGCCGCCGGAAAACAUCCCAAAAUGAAGGGACUGAACCAUCACCUACACACAUUGAGGGCUAAUAUUCCUCAAGUGGAUCUCAAUUCAGACCUGGCAACCUUUCGCUGGGACCUGGUGGAUGUUGAACAGAAACCCAGCGCUCUUCCUCCUGCAAAACCUGCUGUUGUUAAUGCAAGACCUGCCCCGGCAGCUUCUGUUCCAUCACAGUACCAUGUUUCUCCUUCUGUCCCUAUUACCUCAGCAAGCACCACUCCAGCAGGCUCCAUUCCCCAAUGGCAGCAUAUGUAUACAUAUGGGCCUCCUAAUAUACAAGGGCCUAUUCAAUCGCAGGGACCGGUUUCUCUGGCACUUUCUGGUCAUCCACGGCAUUCUGGGCCUCCGCCAAGCUUUGCUACUCCAUCAAGUUAUGAUCCUCCGUCGGGCUUUAUUCCUACAAGACACGUCCCUCCCCCACGGCUCUUUAACCAGAGAUCUGUUCCUUCAGCGAUUUCCGCUCUUCCUGGAGGUUCUGUUCCUGGUAAGGCCAUUCCUCCACCUGGUGCUAUUCCUCCUGUGAGGACCAUUUCUCCACUAGAGCCUACACAGAGAGAUGUGCCUUUGACAAGCUCUGUGCUUCCAUCGAGCUCUGUGCCUCCACAGGGCUCUGCUCCGCCAUCAAUUCCUACUCCUACACAGAAGGCCGUUGAAGGGCCUAGCGCGCCACGUGACCCCAACCCUUCACAUGAUCAGAAUAGUUCCCCGCACGUGCCUAGGAUCACCGCCUACUCUCCACAUGACACACCGUCAACGCGUUCUGCCAGAAUUGACGCGCGCGCCCCUCCCGGUGGGUUAAGCUCUUGGGGAACUUUACCCUUCCAACCCCCAACGUACCAUUCUCCAAAACGUGCGACAGAUCCUUCCAAGUUCCCCUCUGGACUUCCUCGUCUUGAUCCAGCUCCAGAACCCUUCGUCUUAUCCGACCCACACCCAACUGUUUCACACUCGCCACAUACAGAAACAACCAACCCACCUACUCCCACCGGGCAGACUCCCAAGGCCACGCCCAAAUUAGGCAAAGGUCCGCGUACCACUAAACCGAAUAAAGCCAAACCUACCAACCCGGUCGCACCUAAUCAACCUGCUCCGGUGGAGGUAGCUAUUGUGACGCCCAAGGCGACUACAUCUAAGACUUCAUCGAAGGCUACACCGACUUCGGUCACUACUUCCAGCCAGAAGACCAAUCCCAAGCUAUCCUGCCCACAAGUUGUGAUACCGCCGUCGCCAGAUAAAAUGCAACCAAAGCGAAAGCCCGGUCGACCUCCCAGGGCCAAAGGUGGAUCCGCAAUGAUUGAGGUUGCGAUUCCCCUCACACAACCCGUUAAUUACCCAAUCUUCCACUGCCAAUGGGAAGAUUGUGUUGCUGAACUUCACAACCUGGACGUACUGCGGUCCCAUGUGUCCAAAGUGCACAUCCCUUACCACCUCCAGUGCAAGUGGAAAGACUGCGAGGAUAAGGAAUUUCGGGCUGCUCAACGUCUAUUUGAACACAUGGCAGAGACUCAUUUUGCCAAAAUGGCCUGGGAACUUGGCGACGGGCCGACAGUGCCCAAAACCGGUGAUUCUGCACAGGCUAGCAUCAAUGUGACCGAUCCGAGUGCGCGCAAAGGAACCAUGGCCUUGCCUGUUGAUGAACAUCAAGUAAAGGCUUUCAGCAAAGCCCACGGGACGUCAACCGAGAAAUUGAAGGCUCGCGAUUUGUUUCAAGCUGGUCAGCAGUGGAAAAAGAGGACGGGACCAGCUCUAGGACCGAGUGACAGCCCUUCCUCCACACCUGACCGACAAGUCAACCUUGACUGCGAUGAGGUGUGCUACAUCAGCAGCGACUGA